AUGCCGCGCUUCGUCCGAGUCAUCGUGGAUCCUCAGGGCGCCUACGACUUCUAUAUAGGCCUGACUCAGAGGACGAAGGGCCUAUACGAGCCUAUGGCGGACCCAGGGCCGUUCAGGAAGCUUGCUACCGGUUUUGCCUUUAAGGCCAUCGAUUCCAGCCGCUUCUGUGCGCAGUACAAGAGGAGCAUUCACCACCAUGCGUUUGUCAAGAAGCGGGCCGCGCACGACAUCGCAGCAGACCUUCAUGCGCAUCUCACGGCGGAGGGCGCCCACCACCACGACAUAAGCGUUCCGGGUGUUUAUGAGCAUCACGAAGAGGGGAGCAGAGACGCGCGCAUUUGGGCCACGGCGCGCACGCUGAGGGAUGCCAAGCAGCAGGUUUCCCAGCCGGAAGGUUCGCGGCUCGCGCCCGCACAUCGCAGCGGCGGACACUACCCUGUUACUUCAGCAAAAAUACCUAUCACGCGCGACCAUGUAGUGCUCGUUUCCUCCCACGCAUCUCUCAGCGCUGAACUGAUUACGAAAUUGAUAGGUGGACGUGAUUAUCUUCAGAGCCUUAAGUCAGGCGGUGAGGCAAGUGGCGGCGGUGGCGCCGCGCCCUCGAAAGGUCAUAUCGGCGGCCAUGCUAGCACGAUUUUGCGACAGGCAGGUCGGAGAUAA